AAUUUGACUUUUUUAAUCUGAGUCACUGGGCGCUUUAAUAAUAUGCAGGCGGAAGUGCGAUGUGAGCCGGUUGCUGCGGAAGCUGAAACAAUCAUUUCAUAGAUUUCCUUUAACAGCCAAUGGAAGGAGUUUAAACACAACAAUGGAAUUUCGACAGAUGCCUCUGUCUGUGAGAGUAGUUUUGCUGUUGCUUGGUGCAGUGGUUACUAUGGUUACUGCCUCUGUUGGAGAUAGGUCCUAUGUAUAUCAAAAAUGCAACCAUCACUGUAAAGAUGUUAAUUGCACAGGAACACAGUUAAAGACAUUUAAGGAGGAACAACCAUUCAGCCACCAGUUACUAAAGUGGAGUUGUGAAGAUGAAUGUAAAUACAUGUGUAUGUGGAUCACUGUAGAUGCAUUCCAGAAAGAUGGUCUCAAAGUCCCACAGUUUCAUGGGAAGUGGCCUUUUGUGAGAUUGUAUGGUAUACAAGAGCCUGCCUCAAUGAUAUUCUCUGUUUUCAAUGGACUUGCUCAUCUUUGUAUAUUUUACUACAGAAAAUUGAUUCCAUCAUCUACACCUAUGUAUUAUGUCUGGCAUGGUGCAGCUAUUACUGCCAUGUUUGCAUGGACUUGCUCUACAAUAUUUCAUUGUAAAGAUACAGAUUUCACUGAGAAAAUGGAUUACUUUUGUGCCUUUUCCAUUGUGCUUUAUAACACUUUCACUUUAGCCUGUAGGGUGUUAGGAACUGUAAAGUGGUACAGACCUGCUCUUAUUGGCCUAGGUUGUGUCGCAUUUUUUAUUCAACAUGUCUGCUAUUUAACAUUUAACAAGUUUGAUUAUGGAUACAACAUGCAGGUCAAUAUAGGAGUAGCUGUGUGUAACAUGAUUGGCUGGACAGCUUGGUGUUUUAUGAUGAGACGCAACAAAUACGUGUGGAAGGCUAUAGCUUCUAUUGUUGGUAUACAGCUGUUGCUGUGUUUGGAACUGGGAGAUUUUCCUCCAUUAUAUUGGGCGCUAGAUGCCCAUUCACUGUGGCAUGCUGGAACCUGGCCGCUGGCUUUACUCUGGUAUAGUUUUAUCAUAGAUGAUGCCAAGCUUUUGGGAAAAACUAGACCAGACCGAGUCUUACCAAGUAAGAUUGACUGAUUCUAGAUAGAACAGACUGGUUCCAGAUCAAUAGGACACUAUAUUACUGGGCUGUAGACUGGUUUCUUGUAGAAUCAUAUUCUAGACUGGUUCCGGAACAAGCAGUGUACAACACAACAAGGCACAGACUACAAAUUCACAGAGAACUUAAGACUAUAGGAAGGAACAUGCAUGCCUAGUGAAACCAGUUACCUGCACUGUUAUAUAGAAAAUCAUGUCCAGUGUCCUGCAGAGUGAUAUUGUAAAUCAUGCCCAGUGAGCUCAAAAAGUUGAACAAUGCUUUCAAGCCUGACCUCAGAAUUAUUGAUCAAACACUUUUGUAAUAUUUUUCUCCUUGUAAGUUGGUGCCAUUUUCACAAAGUUUUGUAUGUGAAAUUUUUUUCAUAGUAAUUAUUUUGUCUCAUUUUGACAUUUGAUAUAGUAUAACUACUUACUCAGAUAUGCCGAAUGGUUUUUGAUUGUCUUUUCUGAUCCGCCUGCGCCUUGUGUCAUCAACUGAGCAGUUAAUUACAGCAACAUGAAAUGACACUACUGGUACUACAUUUAUAUUUGACACAUUCACAGAUACAUGUACUUACAGAAAUGGGUCAGUGCUGGUUUAGAUUCCAGGAAAGGUUGUUUGGCUGUAAUUAAUAAUUAAAAAAUAUAUGAAUAAUUAGCAUCUGCCAUUAUGAAACUAAAACACUGGCAUUAUUAAGGUAGUGGACAACUGGCAACUUACA